ACGCAGAUGAGGAAAUGCAACCAAAUCAUCCGUGCGAAUACCCGCCAAUUGGAUCGUGACAUUAUGCAACUGAAGAACCUCGAAACCAAAACACGACAGUUUAUUGUGAAUGCCUCCCGACGAGGCCAACGAAAUCCAUCACAGGCCAAGCAGACGCAGAAUGAGAGCAAGACAUUUGCACGAGAGCUGGUGCGGAUCCGAAAGCAGUCGGCCCGUCUGACUACCAGCCGCGCGCAGCUGCAGAGUGUUCAGAUGCAAGUAAACGAGGCGUUUUCGAUGCGCAAGAUCCAAGGGAGUCUCAAGAAGUCGACGGGGAUUAUGAAAGACGUCAAUACACUCGUGCGACUUCCCGAGCUAUCGGCAACAAUGCAUCAGCUUUCAACGGAGUUGGUGCGCGCUGGUAUCAUUGAAGAGAUUGUGGACGAUGCGAUCCCCAGCAACGAACUGCUAGAAGACGAGAUCGAAGACGAAGCCGAUGCCGAAGUCGACAAGGUCUUGCAGGAGAUCCUACACGGCAAACUUUCUCAAGUCGAAGACAUCAAGCCCGAGAAGCCGAUCGAGGAGGCCCCGGCGGUCGAAGAGCCAUUCGAGGAUCAAGAAGCCGCUCUAGCACAAAUGAGAGGACGAUUGGAGGCUUUGAAGAGCUGAGACAGUGCACGGAGUGGGUCAUUAUACGCCGAUCGCACGCUUGGAUGUUACGAGAGUAUGCAAGAUUAUCAUGAGAGCAUCUAUCAUUGUUGAUAUGUUUCCGUAUUGUAUAGGGAGUUUAGUGGGAUGGAGUGCUUGGUUUAUUUAUUUUUUUCUUUUUUUGUCCGCCUCAUUAUUAUUACUGUUCUAUUUAUUUUGCUGCCAACAACAAUGUUUUUGGGCUGGUCCUAUCUUAAGAGCUUUUUGCCACUCAUGCUUUGCGUUGUUUUCCGACCCCUUCCGGCGUUAGUUCCUUGUUCCUUGUUCCUACAAUGGUACGGAAUAGACAUUGUCUUUUACACGUUGGAUAGGAAGAAACAGU